CGCAGGCGCUGCAGAGAUGACAUGUGUGCUUUUCUUUCUACAGAACAGAAGAAAAGCUGGUGACGCUGUCAUAUGGAAAAUCACCAAAGCCUGAUGAUGAAGUGUCCACAUUGUGAGCACAUUAUUUUGGAGAAGAAAGCCAAAUUUUGCAGUGAGUGUGGGGGGAAGCUGAUAGCCCAACCUGCAAACACACAGAGUACUGACAAUCAGCCGCAGUCCUUGGUAUCAGACUGUGAAGGCACAAGUGAUAAAUCUGUGAAAAAUGACCCAUCCGUGGACAGCAAAGACUCCAAUAGAUCCCCUAAAAGACCAAAUGAGGAGACCAUCAACCCAAAGAAAAAGAAAAAAAAGAGAAAGAAAAACAAAAAGAAGAAAGAUGGCCAGUUGUCAUCAGACCAAGAUCAAAGUCUCUCUGACGUGUCCCACAUCUCUGUUGGAGAGAACCAGGGGAAGAGGACGGAGGGCGAAAGAGUCUCCUCUGACAGUGAAAGCUCUGCAAUGGAUGAAACACCAGAUUCACUCCAAGAUGGGGUCUCCUCACUCGAGAGCCAGUCUAAUUCCUCAGCAGCAGCUGACAUAGCUGCUGCACCACCUGAAGAUGCACAAGUUAGUCAGAGUGAGAAGACAGUGGAGCAGUCUGAGGUAGCCCUUGCAAAUCGUAUAGAGGAAGAGAGCAAUGCACAGAAAUCAACUCAGGCCCAGACAGUCAAGACAGAACCAACUGACACUCCGACUAACCCCAAAUCAGAGGACGGAAAGAGCAAGACUCAGUCGGUGGCAGGCAAAGGGGCAAAGCCCACUAACCACAAAGAGCCCCAAAAGACUGAAAAUAAAAACUCAAAAGCCAAGAAAGACACACCCACCACUAACCAACCCAUUACUGACCAGAAUGCCAAUGUGGAUCCAAAUAUGAAGCAGGCUGGACAAACCAAGCAGAAGGGGAAGAAACAGACGCAAACUGCGGCAGUUGAACAAAAGAUGGUCUUUGGUCCUCAGACUCCGUCAAAGGCUGAAAGCCCAGGCUCCAGUGUGGACCCACAGGGGCCAGUAGAGAAAAUGGAGACUGAGCCCCCUGCGAGCGGAAAGGACUCAAGUGCAGGACAAACCUCAGAUACUGACAAAGGAAAAAAAGACGGCAGUAAAGAUAACACAACACCCAGCACUGGACCUGGCCCUCCACCUAAAAGAUUGGCCAGCAGUAAGACCAUUGCUGUUCGUGACAGACUCACAAUUUACUUUCAUGCAGUUCUCUCAAAGGAUUUCAAAUUUGAUCCAAAAGAAGAUCGUAUCUUCAUCAGGGCUGGGUCUCUUAUUGGUAAAUGGGAAGAAGAUACUGUUGAGCUGUUCGUGACCAGGGUUUUGGAAGAACAUGGAUUUCUGGUUGAAGGCAGUCUUCAGACAUUCAGAAAUAAAGCUGUAUCUGUGUCAAUACCAUACAAAUAUAUUGUCUACAAGAACAAAAAGGACAGAUAUGAGUAUGAGUACAUAUACAAACUGGAUUCUACACACCACACUACCAACCGAUGCUUGUUUGUGAAACCCCACCUUGUCAAUGACGAUGGGGACUGGCAUCAAUAUGAUGAUAUCAUCUGUGCAGAGCCAUCAAAGAACAUGUUAAAACGCUUAAAAGAAACCAUCUGGCCUGAACAAAGGAAGAAUCUGAUUCAAGGCAGAGAGAUUGCAGGAAAUAUAAUGCUGGAGACCAUAUUUGACCAUCUCAGGUCCUGGACGGAUAUCAACCUGAAGAGUUUUCUGGCCCAACUGAAUCAGUUCUUUCAGACUUAUGGAGAUCCUUUUGUUUAUGAGGAGAAGCUUAAGAAAUGGGAAGCCUUAAACUAUGGAAAAGAUGAUGUGAGGAAGAUGCUGAAGAACUUCCUGCUGACAUAUGUUAUUCCUCAGUUGUUGAAGGAUGGUGACAGAAAGAGUCAUUACAUUCAGGAUCCUUUGAGAGCAGCUGUGAUAAUGCUAACUGUAUGUAAAGAGCAUGGUAUCAAGAUGGAUGAUGCUGAGCACCAUCGGCUCUGCACUGCGCUGUGCCUGCCCAAACAAAGCAAAGAUGAUUUCCUUCAGUACUGGACAGAUUUUUCUAGGGACAUUGCCAUUCUCAAAAAUCUGCCAGAACACUUGGUAUCUCUGAUAAAGGCUGUGAAAACAACGGGAAUGCCCCGGUGGAUUCUGGUACUGCCGCUCCUCCACCUCCUCAAAGGCACUGCAAAGCCCUUUGAUGUACCACGAUAUGAGAACUUGAAGUACAGUGCGUAUUGGGCAGGUUUGCAAGGCCUUGACGUGGGUACCUCAUCAUACAUGAGCAGUCAAGAUAAAAGGGCCCUGGUGAAUCUGAUGAAAAGUCACAGUUACUUGAUGGAGGUGGAUGCACUUGCAGUGCGAUCCUGCUUGUACUUGAUGUCUAUCGAUGAACUGGUGGAGUGUAGCAUCAACAUUAACCCUGAGCUUCUGGACAUCCUUCACAUUUUUGCAAAUAAGGUUCCUCAGGAUAUUAGCUACACUGCCAUUGAGAGUGUAUCUGAUAUUAUCUCGCAUAUCCAAGGCCAUCUCGUUGAAGAGAAAUACAGUGAUUUUACUGAGGCUUAUAGGAGAGAGUGUCUGGCAACAGCAGUCAAACUAUUGGAGAAAAUCUGCAAAGGAAUCAAACCAGUAUCAUAUCAGCAGAGCUUCCUUAAUGUUCCUGUGGCUUGCAUGAAUCUGGUUGCGUCAGUGUCAAACUUUGUUAACUGUAACAAGCAAGAGGAGGCUCCAGCAGUGAAAAGAGAGCAGCGAAAUUCAAAAGACAUGGUGAUCUCUCAGGCGAUGGUCAUCAUGAGAGACUGGAUCAGUCGGUCUUUUAGACACAGUUUGCUAAACAGGUUACUGACCUCUAUGUACCGGGUUGAGGGCACUAUGGAGAUUGAAAUUUGGAAUAAUAUAAUCUCCAUCGACUUCAAGGAUGACGAUUGCACAAAAGAGUGGAGACAUACAUUCACUGUGGAUUUUGAGGGCAAGUACAAACAGGAGUCUGCUUUGGAUCAAAUUGAGUUCUACUGCACAAAGAUAGAGGAGCUCAGUUCUUCCCAUCCACAUGUUGCUGCCAGCAUUGAGAAGUGUGCUCUUGAGGCUGUUACGUCCUUGUGCCAGACCAAGUCUGAGGGCAAACUGUUUGAGAGGCUCAAGCUAACUUGGAAGUUCGGGACUCUCAUUUCAACCAUCAUCCAGAAAUCCUGGCCAAAGGAUCACCAAGGAAAGUACCAGGAAGACGAAGAAGUUGUACUUAAACACCUUCUCUCCUGGAGUGCUGCCAAAGACAUUUUCAAGCUACAUGGUGCAGAGGAAAAUCUGAUUGAUAAGCUCUCUCAAGAUGGCAGAGAAAGAAUUGCUAUAGCCAUCUCGUCAUUCACAGCCCUAAACAAUCAAGUUAUUCAUGGAAACGUUAAGAUCAGCCUGCUCAAAAUCAUUUUGGAAAGGAAAGAUGCCUUCUUAGAACUGCUGAAGAUCGAUUGCCUCGCUGAGAAUGAACUUUACAAGGAUAAUACCAAAAUGAAGAGGCUGUUACAAUGCAGACAAGAUGAAGUUGAAGCUGUGUACCAUGAGAAGGAGCUGGUGGACGUCCUCUUAAUAAUGAGCCACAAACUUGAGGAACAUAUGACAGUUGAUGUUGCCGACAUGGAAGAGAGACAUCGUAUCAACAUUGAGGACAUGCUUCUGAACCAGUUUAUGGAGGUCCACCCAUUUGACAGACUACCCUCUCAAAUGGCUGGUGUUGUCACAUACUUCAGCCUGGAGGAAGAAAUCAGAGAAAUGGCAGAGUACCUGUACACAUUCAAAGACAGUUACAUUUUCAAAGUCUGUUGGGAGAAACAAGCCAGACAACUGGUCAAUGAGGAAAUGGAAGAUGGGGAUCUUGAUAACCAUGAAGUAGCAGACAUUAUGGCAACACCCAAAGUGAUAAAUGACGACAUUUUUGUGCCUUGCUUUGCUGAUUACAAAGACAUCUACACUUGUCUGAAGAAUGGCAGUAUAACGCUUGAGGAGGUCAACCAGCUCUUCAAAGCGUACAAGGACAAAUACGAAGAGCUUGCACAGGACCUGGACAUCAUGUGCAGAAUUGAUAAGUCGACUGACAAACAAUGGAUCCACACCAGGGUUCAGCAGAUCGAGCAGUAUCAUGAGCUCCAUCUAGCCGUGGCAUCAGCGCAAAUUAUCAUGAAAGUCAAAGACGCACUUCGUCUUCAAGGGGACUUCAGGGUUCUGGAGACACUCACAGAAGUUGAUCAUGUAGACUUUCAGCAAGAGCAGCUCAAUAGGAUCGACAAUGAUUUGAUGCAGGCAAAGAAGCUUCUGGUGGGCAUCACUGAGCCCCGCAGACUUUGUUUGCAUGAGCUGGGACUCAGAGGGCAUUUUGUGAGAUGGGUAAAGGAUGCACUUGAAGACAUCAAUGAGCUGAAGGUGUUCGUUGACCUGGCUUCCAUCUCUGCGGGAGAGAAUGACAUGGAUGUUGACCGUGUGGCUUGUUUCCAUGACGCUGUCCUGGGCUACUCUUCUAUGAUGUAUGAGCUCAAACCAGACUCAGGUUUUGAUGCCUUCAAAGAACUGUUGCUGAAGCUCUGGAGAGCUUUGGAGAAUGACAGCAACCUGCCAAAAAAACUGCGGGACAGUGCACGCCAUUUGGAAUGGCUAAAGACUGUAAAGGAAAGUCACGGAUCAGUGGAGCUGUCAUCUCUCUCGUUAGCAUCAGCCAUCAACAACAAGGGUAUCUACAUAAUCAGUGCUCAAAAUGUAAAAAAGUUGAGUCUUGACACCAUCCUGAAGCUGCAGAUUCCAGAGGAGCAUGAUGAGGGCCAGCAGAUGCGCUGGUAUUCUCUUGAAGAUCUUCGGGAGUUGCAGAACAAACUCAUGCUCAUGUCUGGGAAAGGGGAUCAGGGGCAGAAUGAAGUUGAUCGCUUUGCAGAGGUUUUUGCCAGUGUCCAAAGACUAGCUGAAGCAUUCAUUGCUCUCUACACUGCUGGGAAUCCUCUGUUCAGACACUGGGAAGCUCGUAUCAACCAUGGUAUUACGAUGGACUUGGUAGGGUUCGGAAGUGUUCUUGUGGAGGGUAGCAUAGAGGAACAGCUUCCUGAACUUUGCCGGAGGAUGGAAAAAUGUCUGCACUACUGGAUGGAUUUUGUUGACAAACAGAGAUCCCAACAUUACUAUUUGAACUACUAUACAGCUGAACAGAUUGUUUACUUAUGCAGCAAGCUGACUCAGCAAAAUGUCGACGAUGUGGAGGACCAAGUUCUCAUGAUGCUCUCCUUUGUCAAGCCAAAUUGCACCGCCUCAGACUUGAGGCAAGUCUGGCAUGCACUCCAGUAUGAAAGCCUAACCAAACCACAAGAGCAAAAUAUGGACAUUGAGUUUCAGACCUUUGUUGUGGUGGAAACAACUGAGCUGGAAGAUCAAGACUUCACUAGUGAAAUGGGUCCUACGCCAAGUCUAGUGGAACGAGCAAACGGCAUACAAAGAUUAGAUCUGAUGUGGAAUGCUUAUAUGAAGGACAUGAAGAAUUUUCUUCCCCACAUUCUUGACAUAACAAGUCUUGGAAAACUUUUGGAAAAACUGGCCAAUAAAGAAGAUGAGAGUGAAGAAAGUGAGAGUGAAAAAGACAUCUCAGAUGAGAACACUGAGAAGUUAAUAAUGAGGCAGCUACCAAAAGGCCUGGUCACCGGAAAUCCAAACCUCAUUGUUUGUCCAAAUGAUGAGGUCUUGACAUCCUGCAUCUCCACUUACAUGAGUAGCGAAGAUGAGACACUUCCCACCUAUGAUGAAGUCCUCCUGUGCAACUCCUUAACACCGUAUGAACAGGUGGAGCUAUUCCUCAGACGUUGUCUCAGCAGAGGCUACAGAGGACAGAAGAUAUACUCUCUACUAUAUGGAGAUCUGCUUACUUAUGAAGUGAGCUCUAAAGUUGAGAACUUUUUUCAGCGAAUGAAAAUGCAGAGCAGGAAGGACUAUAGACUUGUUAUCAUCUGUAGUUCUGAAAGAGAGCAUGCCUACCUUCCAUCAGCAUUCAGCCAGUACAGAUUGCACAUGGUUCCCCAAGAACAGUUGGUAAGGAUCCAGGGAUAUCUCCACAAACACUAUGUGGUCCCAGAUGAUCAAUGUAGUGCUGCAGCUGCAUUCAAAGACCGACUGCGUGUUGGAGUUGUCUCAUCCAAAAGAGCUGGUGUUGGUAAAUCUCUCUAUGUCAAGAGGCUCUAUGAAAAACUGAAGAAGUCAACCAAAAAGCCCUCGUUGAAACGUAUUCGCUUGAUUGAACCUAAUGUUGAUGAGGAUGCCAUUCUACAGUCUAUGUUAAACACUCCCACAAAGGGGAAACUCACAAUGUUCCAUUUCGAUGUCACAUCAUCGGUGCAGAAAGGCCUCCAAGAGUUUCUUUUCAAAUUGUUGAUUUUGCACUAUCUGAUGGACUCUGAGGGAAAGAUGUGGAAGUGCAGUGACAGGCAGCUGUAUGUCAUAGAGAUUUUAGAGCCAACUGUCAAGCCAACCAGAAAUGCUUCAUGGCAGGCUCAAACCAUGAACAGCUCAUUCACAGACGUGUUUCCAAAUAUUUUCUGCCGACCACCUAAAGAGGUGCUGAUGUUAGAGAUGAGGAAGCAAGAAGAUCCCACCAUUGUGUGCAGCGAAGACCCACUGAUGGAUGAUGAAGAAUUCAGAAGUGCAGCCUUUCAACGACCAUACCAGUAUCUCACACGGUUUCAUAACCACAGUGAUCUUGAUGUUUUCACAUAUCAGGGUGUUGAAGGGUCACACGUGGAAUGUCUUCAGAUGCUUCUCAUGUACUGUGGUAUUAUGGACCCAUCAUGGGCAGAACUGAGAAACUUUGCAUGGUUCCUCAACCUGCAGCUGCAAGAUUGUGAGACAUCUGUUUUUUGUGAUGCAACUUUCACCGGGGACACGCUAGCUGGAUUCAAAACCUUUGUGGUGGACUUCAUGAUUCUCAUGGCAAAGGACUUUGCCACUCCAUCACUCAGUAUCUCUGACCAGAGUCCUGGCAGACUGCAGAUGGACCUGAUCGGUGUCCGAGAUGAAGACUUGGCUCCUUUUUUGAUUAGGAAGAGAUGGGAAACAGAACCACAUCCAUACAUCUUCUUUAAUGAUGACCAUGUGUCCAUGACCUUCAUUGGUUUUCAUCUUCAGCCCAAUGAACAGAACUCUGUCGAUGCCAUUGAACCCACCUCUGGAAGGGUGAUAAAAAAGAAUGUCAUGACAAGGGCAUUGUAUGAAGGCUUAAUGCUACAGAGAGUCCCUUUCAACAUUGACUUUGAUCGCCUUCCCAGAGGGGAAAAAAUAGAGCGAAUCUGCAAUGUUCUUGGUAUCCAGUGGCCUCUUGACCCUGAUGAAACAUAUGAGCUGACAACUGACAACAUACUGAAGAUGCUGGCAAUCCAUAUGCGAUUCAGGUGUGGCAUCCCUGUCAUCAUCAUGGGAGAAACAGGGUGUGGUAAGACACGGCUCAUCAAAUUUCUUUGUGAGUUACGGAGGAGUGGAGUGGCCACUGAGAACAUGAAACUGGUCAAGGUACAUGGAGGGACAACUUCAGAGAUGAUUUACACCAAAGUCAAAGAAGCAGAAGACAUUGCUUCUAUCAACAAACUAGACUAUGGAUUUGAUUCUGUUCUGUUUUUUGAUGAAGCUAACACUACAGAGGCCAUUAGCAGUAUUAAAGAGGUCCUCUGUGACAAGACUGUCAAGGGGGAAAGUUUGACACCCAAUUCUGGAUUGCAGAUCAUUGCAGCAUGCAAUCCUUACCGAAAGCACACAGACGAGAUGAUUAAGAGGUUAGAAGCAGCUGGACUUGGGUACCGUGUUCGAGCAGAGGAGACAGAUGAAAAGCUAGGGUCCAUCCCUCUCCGGCAGUUAGUGUAUAGAGUUCAAGCUUUGCCACCAAGCAUGAUCCCUCUGGUGUGGGACUUUGGACAGUUAAAUGAUCACACAGAGAAAAUAUACAUCCAGCAGAUUGUGCAAAGAGUCGUUGAAAACAAAGAGAUUGAUCAAAGUUACAUUAAGUGGAUCACUGAUGUCCUUUCAUCUUCCCAGAAGUAUAUGCGGACAAGAAAAGAUGAAUGUAGCUUUGUCAGCCUGAGAGAUGUGGAGCGCUGCAUGCAGGCUUUUGUUUGGUUCUAUGACAAUCAUGGCAUGUUUUUUGCAGAGCUUGAAGAAUUUGAGAGUAAUCAACAUCAGAGACAGCCUGAGGUCAGAGACCCUGUGCUGUGGUCUCUAGUCAUGGCCAUAGGAGUGUGCUACCAUGCAUGCCUAGAAAAUAAGGAUAAAUACAGACAGAAAAUCAGCAGAAGCCUACCAGCAGCAUACAGCCCAGCAAAGGUAAUGCAGGAAAUCUCACUCAUGCAGGAUUUACUUUUGAGUGGUGUGCCAAUGGGGGAUACUAUUGCAAGAAACAGUGCCCUCAAGGAGAAUGUCUUUAUGAUGGUUCUCUGCAUUGAGUUAAGAAUCCCUCUCUUCUUAGUUGGAAAACCUGGAAGUUCAAAAUCUCUAUCUAAAACACUGGUGGCAGAUGCAAUGCAGGGCCAAGCUGCUCAUUCUGACCUCUACAAAAUGCUUAAACAGAUCCAUUUGGUGUCCUUCCAGUGUAGCCCUCACUCAACACCAGAAGGCAUCAUUAACACAUUCAAGCAAUGUGGACGCUUCCAGGAAGGAAAGAACUUGGAUGAGUACAUUUCAGUUGUGGUCCUUGAUGAGAUUGGGCUUGCUGAGGACUCCCCAAAGAUGCCACUGAAAACCCUUCACCCACUGCUAGAGGAGGGAUGCAUUGAUGAUGAGCCACUGCCACACAAAAAGGUCGGAUUCAUUGGCAUCUCCAAUUGGGCUUUAGACCCUGCAAAGAUGAACAGAGGCAUCUUUGUCUCCCGCGGUGACCCUGAUGAGAGGGAACUCAUUGAGAGUGCUAAAGGCAUAUGCUCAUCCGAUGCAAUGGUUUUGGAGAGGGUCAGCGAUUUCUUCCAACCCUUUGCAAGGGCCUACUUGAACAUCUGCCGCAAGCAAGGCAAAGGCUUUUUUGGUCUACGUGACUAUUACAGCUUGAUUAAAAUGAUUUUUGCAGUGGCCAAAGCUUCUCAACGGAAACCCACAGCAGAUGAGAUUGUGAAGGCAGUGUUGAGAAAUUUCAGUGGCAAGGAUGAUGUGAAUGUAGUCAGUGUCUUUACUCACAGGCUGAAGAUUUCCCCCAACCUGGAGAACAUCAAUGCCAUUGAGUUUGUGAGAGAAAACAUUCAGGCAGUUGGGCAAGAAGAAGAAUGUCGCUACUUGCUGGUGCUUACAAAAAACUAUGCAGCCCUACAGAUCCUGCAACAAACCUUCUUUUCAGAAAGUGGUCAGCCAGAAAUAAUAUUUGGCUCCAGCUUCCCAAAAGACCAAGAGUAUACCCAAAUCUGCCGCAACAUCAACAGAGUGAAGAUCUGUAUGGAGACAGGUGAAACAGUUGUGCUCCUAAACUUGCAGAACCUCUAUGAAAGUCUCUACGACGCUCUAAACCAAUAUUAUGUCUAUUUGGGAGGACAGAAAUACGUGGAUCUUGGACUGGGAACCCACCGUGUCAAAUGUAGGGUGCACAGAGACUUUCGGCUUAUUGUCAUUGAGGAAAAAGAGGUAGUCUACAAACAAUUCCCAAUACCUCUCAUCAACAGACUGGAGAAACAUUACCUGGACAUUCACACUGUCCUUAAAACUGAGCAGAAGAGGAUGGUGGAUGAACUGAGGAAAUGGGUCACAGUCUUUGUGUCUCUCAACAGUCAACACACAGCACUAGCUCAAACAUACAAGUACCGACCACCAGACGUUUUUGUUGGCUACCACUCUGACACAUGUGCCUCUGUGGUCCUUCAAGUAAUAGAGAAGCAGAAGGACAGUUUGGAAAUCUCAGAUCCUGAGAAGAGAGUACUUGAUGAGGCAAAACUCAUGCUCCUUAAAUGUGCUACACCAGACUCAGUGGUGCGGUUGGACUCUACUCGCCUCCCCAAAGUGGAGAGUGAAUAUCUGGCCAAGGUCUACUUUGAAGAGCAGAACAACAGCUGUUUAGCUGACUUCAUUCUUGCUCACACAAGGCAGGACAUACAUUGCUGCUCCGCCUUCACAGAGGUCACAACAUUCUCCAGACUUUUGACAGCAUCUGACUUGGAACCACUGGAGCAAAUGUUGCUAAGCAUUGAGCUUCUCUCACUGCAGCAAUUUGACACAGAGCACUCGUUCCUGAAGAAGAUCAGGAACUUCCUCACAGCUGGAAAUGGAAGCAGGAGCGCUGGACCCUGCAACAAGAUCCUUCUCAUUCAGUGUGAUUUUGAUGAAGCCACUCAUAGUGCCAAUCUCAUUGCAUCUGCAAAGUAUUCCUCCAUAAAUGAAAUCAACAAGAUAACUCAGGAGAGCACUGGAAGCAAGGUGUUUGUCUACUUUAUCACCAGACUGCCAAGAAUGGAAGGAGGGACUUCCUAUGUUGGCUUUCAUGGAGGCCCCUGGAGAUCAGUUCACAUCGAUGACCUCAGACGGUCAAAAGAUAUUGUUUCAGACAUUAAAGCCUUGCAGAACAUGACAAUCAGUCAAAUGUUUGAAACGAAGAUGAGUCAGCCAGAAGCCAUGGAGGUGGAUGAUAUGUACACUGGUGAUGAACAGGAGGAAGCAGAGUCAGAGGAAAAUGGCUGGGAUAAUGUUCUGGACACUACAGCACUGGUGCGGAGCUGUGUGCAGAGUGCAGUGGGCAUGCUGAGGGACCAGGUGGAAAGUGGCUUCCGAAGUACUAGGAGAGUUGAGAUUUUACUGACACUUCUCAGUGACAAUGAUGAAAUAAAAGGUGAAUUUCUGCAAACUGUGAAAAGACACCUUCACUCAUUGUUGGCAGCUUAUGAUGGCAACACCUUCUCAUCCAUCAAAAGCAACUGGGUCAUUAAGGAGGCCUCUAACAUUGAUGCCCUACAAGAAGGUGGUACAUUCAGGCACACCUUAUGGAAGCGUAUUCAGACUGUGGUAGUCCCCAUCUUGGCACAAGUGGUUUCAGUCAUCGACCGUGACCAAAACUUGGACAUCUUGCUUGAUGAUAACUGCAAUCAAUCUGUUAAGAGGCUGUGGUUAGACAUCUUUGGCAAUGAGAAGUUGCUGGAAAUCCCACACCUAACAGUGGACCACAGCUCUGAGACAAGAACAAUCCUUGUGCAGAACUACAUUGCCCAAGACAGGAACAUAACCUGCAGCAUGCCUUUCGGCUGGAGGAUCAAGGACUACCUAGAGGAGCUUUGGGUUUAUGCACUUCAACAUGAAGACCACACUCAAAAACAGUUUGAUGAGAUCUUUUGGAAGACACCGCUGGGCCGAUACAUUGCGAAAGCAGACCCAGAGAUGCAGACAGAGUUUUUUCUCCGCUACCUACAGGAUUUUGUCUCCAUGACGAUGAACGUGACUUGUCAGCAAGAUCUGGAGCUCCUGUCCAAUGCUUUGAACUGCUGUGUCAAUGAGAUGCGAUUACAGCUCAGUGCCACGGACACAGUGACGUCUCUUCCAUGGAUUCAUGCUGCUUAUCAUGAGUUCAAGAACCGCCUGCAGAACCUCUCCAGAAUGAUCUGCAUUGAGCCCCGGGUGACUCAGGACCUCUUGGGGAAUCCUAAUGCCAGAGAUGGAGUGGAAAUGGUUCUCGAUGUGUAUGCUGCUUUUGCUUGCGUGGAGUACCUGGAGCCCAGAGUCCUGGACACAGAUGCCCAAAGACAAGCCUGGCUCAGGCAGGUCAAAAAACUUCAGGUUCCCAUUGAGUUGAUCUGCUCAGAUGACAGUGUGAGAUGCUAUGGAGAGAGGAGCAAGACAAUUGUCUGCAGAGUCCAAGCUGGAUGGAAUCGGAUAUUCUCUCUCUCUCUGUUUGUGGAGCACAUGUUGAUGGGCAUCGAGGAGGUAGAGAGGAAGUUGAAGCCCUUAGUUUUAGAGCAUACACGAACCCUCAACCAGGUACUGGAAAGAAAUUCUGACCUCAAAACCCAGCAGUCAUUUGAAGCAGUAAUUGGUUUACUCAAGACCUGCAAAGAUGGAGCCGUCGAAUGCGUCUUCAGGUUUGGUCUUAAUCAGUGCCCAGUGUGUAUGGGGGACCCGCAAGAUCCGCUCUGUCUGCCAUGUGGACACAUCUUUUGUGUAGCCUGUAUCACACAGUGGUUGAUCCCUGGUCAGAUGUAUUGUCCACUCUGCAUGCAGCCCGUUGAAGACAACUUUCCCAUGGUUCCUUCUGAGGACAUAAGGAUUCAAAUCAACCAACAUGCUCAGUUCAGGAAGCAGUGCAAUGCUUUCUUCAUAGAUUUGGUAUCUACUGUGUGCUUCAAGGACAACUCUCCCCCCUGUUCAGCUGUCAUUCAUCACUUGCUGUCCUUUCUCCUGGUGAAGGCCAACACUGUUCCCAUUCUUUCCCAGCGCAGAGGUGAUCAACAAGUUCGGACAAAGGUGCUCUCACCGUUUGAUGAGUCAAUGGAUAAAAAUCCAGUGGUUCGGUCAGUUGUGCUCAAACUCUUGCUUAAGUACAGCUUCGAUGAAGUUAAAGUUUACCUGCAGCACCAUCUUGCGGCAGUUGAGCAGAGCAACAUCUUGGACAAGACAGACAAAACCGAACUCUACUCCUUGUAUAUUAACUGCCUGGAGGAUUCCAUGUUUGAGAGGCUGCAGUUUAGGUCUGAGGCAGAGCAAAAAUUGUGUCUGCAGGAAGAAAGUGCCUUCCUGACUGACUACCUGCAAUCACAUGGUCAGUCUACUGAAACAGCCACUAUGGAGUAUCUACAGCAGGUGGCAAGAAUGCGUUUGGACCUGGAUAUAGCUGCUACCUUCAUUGUGGAAAACCUGAGAGCUACGGAAACCCAAGAUGGUGGUCAAAGUGGAACCACAGCCUUCCUGACCAGUGUGGUGAACUUGUGUACACGCAGCCGGAAUGACUGGUAUCGUGUCUACUUGAUCCGAAAGAUUUGCAGCCGACUUGGAGUUGAGUUUGUCCUGAAACUCCUCAAAAUGGAUGAAAUGCGCUGGCUCUUCCCUGAAGAAGUUCUGCAAAAGACUGAAGAAGCUGCUCCAAUUGACCAGUACCUUGUUUGUGGGGAAGACUACAAGACCAUCAGAAAUGCUGUUGCGAAGGGAAUCAUGGACGGCAAAGUUGAGGGACUGGAUGAGGUCUGUGAGGGAUGCAAGCGUUUACCGCAGUGGAGAAAAGUUUACCUCUUGUUGGCACUGUACAGAGAAGUCACAAAUCUCUACCGAGAAGCCAAUGCUAACUUCCAUCCUAAGCCUGAGCUAUUACAAUCUCUGGAGACCUACAUCCAGACCUCCAAAGUGCUUGACAGCCCAGAGGUGAAGGCAUUUGCCCGGGCUUUGGUGAACAAUCAACUUGGGCCAUUGGCCGUUCAUCAUAGGACCUCUGGGGCUCAGUGUGUGUCUGUAGAGCUUACUAUUCACCUGGCUGCUGUCUUGCUCUGUGGGAACCAGGGGAUUUUGGCUCCUCUGCAGCAGCUGGCAUUGGCACCUGCCAACAUGCAGGCAGCAUUCUUGCCUACCAUGCCAGAGGACAUGUUAGCAGUGGCUCAACAAGCUAUGGGACAAUUACAGUGGUACUAUUGUCUAAACGGUCACCCCUGCACCAUUGGAGAGUGUGGACAGCCCAUGGAAAUAAGUCGUUGUUUGGACUGCGCUGCACCGAUUGGAGGAAACAACCACGCCCCUGUGCCAGGGUUUCAGAUUGCUCAGCUGCAGGGUGACCGCACUCAGUCAGGCCACAUCCUUGGCAACCCCAGUCGUAGAGACAGUCCAGACAUGAUGGACACAAAGAGCCUUUCUCCUGUUCCCUUUACCAUUGUUCGCAUGCUCACCCACAUGGCCAUGAUGCUUGGUGCCUCCAACCAACCACAGCAUAUCUCUCCCAUCAUCAAGCCUACAGUCCCUGACCCAGGAGCAUUUCUACUUGCUCAUCUGCAAAAGGACAUGGCACAUUUUAUCAGAUCACUGGGCAAGGGGGCAGACGACACGAUCAGCGCUGUUCAUUUGGUCAUCAGCAGCCUCCUCGAACCCCACCAGCCCCAAAAAUGGCCCGUUCUUUAUGACAUUCAACUCUCCACCAAAGAGGCUAGAAAUGAAUGGGAGAUUGAAGUGAGCAACUCCAUCAUCACACCUCAGCUGAAGCACUUGGAUAGACAGCUAAAGGAAGUGAACACGUUCAUCCGGGCCGACUCUCGCAUCUCUGCCAGUCCAAUCAUGAAGCUUAUCUUUGGUGAUCCUUCUUUAUUCUUGGCCUCACUUCCCCAAAAUUCUCUGAUCCAUGGUUCUGCUGUGUGGAGCUGCAGGGAGAAAGUGUCUCUGCUGAGCCUCACACACAUUGUAGAGCAGAAUGAUGGGAAAGACACCCUGCCUGUGCUAUGGAGAUUUCUACAUAGGGAAGCAGAGCUGCGACUGGUGAAGCACCUUCCGGAUAUCCUCACACUUCAGAGAGACCUGGUCAAGAAGUUCCAAAACGUCACAGACCUUACUUUUGGCACCAUCACUGAAUUCCUCCACAGUCAGAAAGCAGUUUCGUUGAGAGACUGGUAUGAGAAACACAUUGAAAUCUUCUUGACAACCUGGAAUCAGCUCAGAGUGUCUUUAGCAACUAAUGGUGAAAUUAAGAUCCCAGCUGAAUUCUGUCAAAAGGACCUGGAUCUCAACAGUGACUUAAAGGUGCUGUUACCACGGCGACAAGGCCCAGGCCUGUGCUCUACAGCCCUUGUCAGCUACCUCAUUGCUCUACACAAUGACCUGGUGUACUGUGUGGAUAAACACACUGGAGAAGAGACCAGCUACAAAGUGAGCCCUGCAGAUCUGACUGACCUGCAUGUGAUCCGGUAUGAGCUGGAGAGGGACCUGAUGCCUCUUGUUCUGGCCAACACCCAGUACAGCAUCGAGAGAGGCCAGGAGACUGUUCAUGAGUUUGAUUUGCCCAAGAUCCAGCAGCAGAUCCUCUCCCGCUUCCUGCUGGGAAAACCUCUCAUCACCCUUAAUGGCAUUCCAACACUAGUGAACAGACAUGACCGCAACUAUGAGAUUAUCCUGAAGGAUGUAAAAGAGAAAGUUGAGCAAGAGCCUCUUCAGACUCUCACCUUGUUUGCUGUGGCUGGAGAGCUGCAGUCCUACAGCGAGGUGUGCGAGGCCUUGUCCACAUUGGAAGUGGCCCUUGGUUUCCUUGCCAUGACUGGGGGAGAGCCUCACAUGCAGCUGUCCUGCUACCUGGAGGAGGUGCUGCAGAUGGGAAACCAGAUGGCGCCGCAUAUCCUCAAGACCCUGAGCAUGUGUUGCCUAAAGCACAGUGUGGAACUGUGGCAGCUGUUGGCCUCACUCAAAUCAGAAAAUAUGCUGCGGCUCAAACGGGAUCCAUUUGUCGGAGUCUCAGAGAAGUACAAGCAGCCGCUGACUGAGGACGAGCACAGGCUGUUGACCGCUUUCUUUACUAAGAGCAGCGCCGACACGUUCCUGCUGGAGAUGCACGAGUUCCUGGUCUUGGUGCUCAAAAAGCCAAAUGCACUUGAUACCUACAGGCCUGACUGGAGAUUGAAAGACACACUGGUGUGUUAUAUGGAGCGCAAGGACCUGGACAUUCCCCUUGAUGUGGAGGAGCUCUUCCCAGAUGACAUCUUCCUUUCCCACUAUGUCGAAGCCUGGAAGUUCAUCGUUGCCUUCAAGCAGGAUCGCAAUCAGAGACAAUAAGGAUGGAGGUGGAGAGGGUUUAUUUGUCUUCUUUAUUUUACAUCAUUAAAUCUUUCAGAUGAUGUUUACAAUCAUAAUGCAUCAACAGUAUUGAAGUAGUAAGGAUAUGUGAUAUAUUCUAUAUUUAACAUAUGCAGAAAUGUGCCUUUUUAAGAGCACUAAUUUUGACCUUCAUAGUGCUGCAGAAUAAGUGCAGUUCACAUUUACAGCUUGUCUCUAUUUAAAAUGUGAACGUUGAAGAUUUUUUGGGGGGAUUAUCUUUUCUUGUUUUGUAUUAUUUUCUAUUUUCUUAAGCAUCAACAUGUGCAGACUAUUUGUACAGUUGAAAAAUCUUUUUGCUUGCACUUUACUUGUAAUGUGAAAAAAAAACUGAAUUCUGCUCAGGUACAAAUGUUAUAAGUCUGGGAACUGAUCUAAAUCACCAUGUCAUAAAUAAUGUGUCUUAUCAUUCAUGUUAUUUCUAUCACUGUUUAGAUUGUAUUAUGUGAUGGUGUCCUAUGUAAAAUUUGCACUUGCCUUUAUCCACUGUCUUUAUUACCUUAAAACACAUUUUCUUUUACAUUCUCGUGGCUGGACUUUUUUUUCUUCAUUGAAUUGUCUUCGGCACACUUAUGGAAAACGUUGUAUUUCAUGCUAUAGUUUCACUUGCCUGGUUACUUAUUUUGUGUGUGCUUGGUAAUAGAUACUGUUUCAAAUCAAGAAUAUGCUUGUUUGUGUGAGUGUUUUGAGUCAUGGAAUUAUUAUGAGUUCAAUAUAAAACAUAGC